GUACGUCCUUUAUGGAGGCCGGUUUGGAUAUAGUGGCCUAUGUUUGAUUUUUGGACCACAGUUUCCUUUAUCUAAGAGAAAUUUAACUAGAUGAUUUGGAAUAGCUGUCACUGAGCCCAUCAUGACUGCUGGAAAUAUGACAAUUUCAUCGCGGAAAACCGGGCAUACGGACUUUCUUUCGUGCGUCACCGGGACAGAUGUCACCACAUUACGGUACUCCGUCAUGCAUCUCUAGCCGCCCAAACGUGGUUAGAAUUCCCUCCUACUGACGUUUGGCAGACACAUUAGCCGUCAAUGACAGACUUGCCAAGGGAGUUACAGGCCUCCUUGGUCUUACAUUUGUUCCCUUUUACGAUUGACCUACCAUUGACAACUGCAGUAAUGACCCACCCUGCAGGGUACAGACAUUAUUUCCCAUUGACUGGCUACCAGGGUUGAAACAUAUAAUAAUGUUGCCGCGGGGUUGGGAGCAUCCUGCACUGUGUAACGCAGACAUGAUUGUUGAUUAACGAUUCACCCCCAGUCUACAGAGAUUGUUCCUGACUCGUAAUGUAUGCAGCCAAUUCUGUGGCGUUCAACCGGGGAAUACGUUAGAACAGCAAGCUGGGUGUCUUUGUCGUUAGAGUUUUACGUUUUCUCUUGACAUAACGUUUGUGUUCCCUGAUUCAUGUGGACAAGGUCAGUGCACAAUUUACUACCGGUGGUCUCUAUGACGUAGGAACAGUUGUAGUAUGAUUCACUCAGUGUGAAUCAUGCACCUGGUCUGCCUACCAACACUGUGUGUGCUGUUGACAACUUGUAGCUGUACAUAACUUAAAAUUCCCAAUCCUCUCCCGUAUUGUAUCUCAUGGCGAGAACCACUAAAAGAAACUCAAAGAGAAGGAACCUCGCUGUUACCCAACAGAAGCAAACAGCACAAGGAUCCAAAGAUUCCCCCCAGGCCACAAAAGGAAGCAUAACUAGUCGUGGGGAAGGAGAGCCAUGUUCUGAACUGCCGCUGUUCCCUGAGUGGACGUGCUAUGCCGUGUGCAUGGUGACUAUGUUAGUACGGGUGCACAUCGCCACCAAACACGACUGGAUUCUGCACCCGGACGAGAUAUUCCAGUCUGUUGAAGUUGCCUAUUCCGAAGUGUACGGUUAUGGGUUCCGUUCGUACGAGUUCGGGCCGGUGCCGAGAGAGAACGACACGUCAGUCGGGUUCGGAGUCGAGGCGGAGCGGGCUGCCGGGAUGUACGCCAUGCGGUCCUUCAUGUACCCAAGGUUCCUAGCGACGAUGAUGAUGAUGGUUGAGGGAGCAGGGCUACAAGUGAGCCCAUUCCUGGCUGCAAGAAUUGGGCACGCCAUAGUCUCCAGUAUGCUCCCGCUCGCUGUUUACCGUCUAACGCUGAAGAUGUACGGGUGUGAUGACGUUGCCAACAUGGCGACAAUCUUAGUGGCGCUGUCAGAUCACCUGAUCAUCCUGGGAACUCACACCCUCAUCAACAGCUUCCUGUCACCCUUCUUCUUCCUUGGUAUUGCUGCCAUCAUUCCAAUCAGCAAGAACACCUUGGAGCACACCGACUCAAACGAGAACGCUCAUAAUUCCAGCUUCCAACUUGCGUGGGGAGUUGUUCUUGGCUUAAUUUGCUAUAUACGUGUAGAUGCUAGCCUUUACCUGGGUGUCAUCUUAAUGUCGAUGACGCUAGCUACACAAAGUAAUCUAAAAACUAUGUUAGGACAGUUCGCACGAUCCGGUAUUGGCAUGUUACUCGGGUUUGCUGAGGGGGCACUGGAUGACUACCUUUGCUAUGGAUAUUGGUUUAUCAGUCCAGUUCAAUGGGCAAAAUUCAACCUUUUCAAUGAUUACACAACACUGAUCUUUGGACAAGAGGAUGCCAUGUUCUACGUACGGCACCUUCUGGUAGACAGUCCUUUUCUCUCGCUAGUUAUGGCAUCCUCUGUCACGAUGCUUGUGUAUACGGCACUACCAAACUGUCCUCGGUGCUGGUUUAGAUUGUCUGAACUCAUCUCUAGGAGUAAGGGUCUUUUACAUUCAGAACAGAUACCAAGUACGGACAAUUACAGCGACACCUGGGAAUUACUAUCACCCAUUCGACUGUUGGCCGCUUUGGCGUUGCUGUUAUCAUUUUACGUCGCCAAAGGACAUAAAGAAGUUCGAUUUCUCCACAACUGGAUCGUACUGCUACUCGUGUUAUGUUCUGGUUGUCUCGUCAAGACUUUAAAAUCGGUACUGAGAAAUAGGACAGCAGCAAGGUACGUUCUGUACUGUCUAUGCGGAGUUCUUACCGCGACGACAUAUGUCACAUUUCCUUCACUGGAAGACGGGUCUAUCAAGAGUUGGUCGUUUGGUCACCAUGGUGAUUCAGGACAUGUCAACAGGGCUUUGUCUUUUAUCGGACGACAGCGUGACACCACGGGGGUGUUUAUGGACUAUCCCGUGUACAUGACAGGUGGAUAUACCAUCCUACGCCGUGACGUUCCCAUCAUAGGUAAAGUACAACACGAGUACAGGGAAUGGAGCCAGAAAGAACGUACCAGUCUGCCUGCCACGUUCACGUUUGCUGGUGCAGCAGAAGUGAGCGUUGCUUCGUUCAGCAGGGUGGCCUUCCUUGCAUCAGAGAAAAACUGGCUCCUGCUUAUCCGGAGACUUAUAGACUAUCCUGUGUACAACUACGCCAUAGUGCCAGAAGGUCGGACCUUUCUUCGCACGGGUUUCAGUAUGGUGGAGAGAUUCGGGACCGUAGUUGUGUUGCGCCGCAACGAUAGCGCAGAAGAAAUCGUCGCAUUGCAGAAACUACGGAGGAAAAUCCCCAUCGGACCGAACGCUUCUGUGUUAGAAGGCGAGGCGAAAACAUUACUGACCCUCGGUAGGGCUGACAUGGCCGUAGAACGGCUACAAGCUGCCAUAGACUUAGAACCCACGAGAACUAGUGCACAACAGUUGCUGCGGUCUGCUGUCAAGGCGAAGAGCAGACACUCAACAGAAUCCAGCAAGUUCAGAGAACAAAUGCCGCGUGCAGCAACCUAGAUUAGUAACUUAGUAAAAGAAAACCGCACCGAAAUAAUGUUUUCCUUUACUACAGAUGUAUAAUAAAGACGUUAUGGCCAUAGACAUUGUCACAGAAGAGAUUUUAUAAGCUAUAUUUACAUACAGCAAUGUUCGUGUUCAUACAAGUGUCCGUUUCCAUGUAUGUACUGUAUGAAUAAUUUGAUUCUCUGUUGUUGAGUUAACAGGCUUUGGUUGGAAACCAAAGUUUGAUAUCCACCGAACACGUCCUGUGCGUGGGUUGCCUGUACCCAGUGUGCAUGAUAGAAUGGGUGCUGUUGACGCAAGAUAAGUCUUCGAGUGUGGCGUGAAUGCAAAGAAAGGUACAGCGGAGUCAUGCUGCAAGUUGCUCCAGAAACGAUAGGAGGCGUAGCUGCGUAGCACCCUAAUCAAACCUGAAUAUAUCAAGCAGCGUUGGCUAGGAACAUUUCUUGUGCGUGGGAGGUGCAGAUCUCGCUUAAAACCCGGCAUACUGGCCCCAGGGGUAUCAAGCACAUAGUUAAGAAGGUAUAAACCCAGAUGCUAGCAUUUCAGUACCAUGGACAGCCACUUCGGUUCAGUUCAGUUCAUUCUUCACAUGUAGGCAAUGUGUCAAAUUCUAGAUGUUUCUUGCUAUAGAAGUCAAACAUGCUAGCGUUAGGAGUUGCACAUUUGGCUGCACAGCAUAGCUCAAUUCGCUCGAUUCCAACUUACUGAGCAGCCUUUUACUGAGAAAAAAAAUCACUGAUUGCGAAAUGGCAUGAAUAACUGACGGACGGAUAAAAACGAC